AUGGAUAGGGGAAGUGAAGGGAGUUUCAUUGACGUUUUACUUACUCUUAUGUGGAGUACCAUAGGUACUGCUUUAAUACCCGCAUUGAUACCUUGGAUCAUUUAUGUCAUUUGUAAUCGGACAGAAGUUGGCAAAAUGAAAGGAAUGGUGGUGAUGAUAACAGGUAGUAGUUCUGGCCUUGGGGAACAACUAGCUCAUUCAUUCUACAAGCGUGGUUGUAAACUGAUUUUGGCUGCAAGAAGGGUAACUGAACUGGAAAGAGUAAAAAAUGAUUUGCUAGACUUAGUAGUUGAGGAUGUAUCGACAUAUGAGCCUGUUAUUGUUGAACUUGAUUUGGCUGAUAUAAAAAGUAUCCCCAGGAAAGUUAACAACUUGCUUAAUACUUACGGUCAUAUUGAUUAUUUGAUCAACAAUGGUGGAAUUUCAUAUAGAGGAAAAAUAACUGAAACUACUGUUGAUGUUGAUCAAACAGUUAUGUUAAUCAAUUAUUUUGGGACAGUUACUCUGACAAAAGCUGUUUUGCCUUCCAUGAUAGAACAGAGGCGUGGUCAUAUUGUAGCCAUUUCUAGUGUGCAGGGUCGUAUAGCCAUUCCACACAGAUCUGCCUACUCUGCAUCAAAACAUGCCUUACAAGCUUUUAUGGACUGUUUGAGAGCUGAAGUAAGCAAAGAUGGAAUAAAUGUUACCGUGAUAAAUCCCGGAUAUAUUAAAACAAACCUCUCUGUGAAUGCAGUUACUGGUUCUGGAAACAAAUAUGGAGUGAUGGAUGAGACUACUUCUAGGGGCUAUGAGGCUAGUGAAGCGGCAGAAAAAAUAUAUUACAGUAUUGCGCGUGAGGACAAAGAGUUGACAUUGGCUCCACUUCUACCACGAAUCGCUAUCAUCUUGCGCUCAUUUUGCCCAUCAUUGUAUUUCCUUCUUAUGAAAAGGCGUGCUAUGAAACUCCCACCAGUUCAAACUUAA